AUGCAUGGCAAGCGUGGUUACCGCAUCGGAGACGGUUGUCCUCCCGGCUUCACAGAUGAGAGCUUGAAGCAGGAUAUAUGCUUUCUGCUUGAUCACAUCCAUGGUUUCUACAAAGCAGCGCUUGAUCGGCUUCCUAUGCCCUCGCUAGCCCCACGCCUCCUGAAAGCUGGCAUGUGCAUCGGCUUCCUCGACCCAGUCUCCAACAUCAUCGUUAACACCAUUGCCUACACCGCUUCAUCGUCCGACGAGGAGACACGGGAGUCGAUCCUGUCCAAGAUCAUUACCGACACCACUGACCAAUUUGUCUUUCAAGUACCACUUUCCCUGCACAAGGCCGAAGGUAUGACCAUGGCGCGGCGGUCGCUGGACGGUCUUGUCACCUUCCUGACCUCCCACUACCGCUACCUCGCGGAUCGGGUAGCGCUGCGCUACCUCUGCCUGGCCAAGGCUGACCUUCUCGCCGCCGUGCGCCUCAUCGAGCGAGAUCGUAACCAGAAGCGCAAUGGCAAGCUCGCGUGCGGUAUUGCAUCACGUACAACCAAGGUUGCCCUGGAAUGUGCCGCUAUAUCUGCAAGGCAUCCUAAACCAUACAUCCUGGUGAAAGCGUCGCUGAUUAUGGCCUCUCCCCAGAUAGAUGUCACUACACUUGUUGCUGGACAAGACCCUAGCGUCUCUGUGUUUCUGAGGCAAGCUCGUCUGAGCAUGAACCGAUCACUGGAUCUUUGUAGUAAGGAGAACAAGAAGAGAAAGAGAAGCGAGCAGAAAUCUACUGCCACAGAGUCCAUAGAGGGGAGCAGGGCACAUAGUAGUCUUGUGUCUCAGUCGACAUUCACAUACACGCGGUCGUUGAAGCUGUUGCUCCUUGGCAAGAUUCAUGGGCUCUAUUUACAGGCACUUGCCAAGCUGCCCCGGGAUGGCCUGCGCAAGCGUCACCACUACAGCCUCCUCAAGUGUGGAUAUUGCUAUGGACCCAGGGAUCCUGUCUCCAACAUUAUUCUCAACUCCAUCUGCCUCCACAAUGCUUAUAGGCAAGCGGCUGUUGCUUCAUGGCAUCCUGACCCUGAAGCUCUAGUGAAAUUUUCCAUGUCUUCCUUGAACAUGGAGUCUGCCGAGUUGCUAACUAUAUUGCAGCAGGGCACACUCACAAACGGCGCAGUUGAGUGCCUCACCAUGGCUUUGCCUCCUACCAAGGCCAAGGAUCAACAGAACCAGGUGGUGACAUCAAGCUCAAAGGUCUUGAGCAAAAAACAGAAUAGGUUUAUUUCAGAGUUCCGAAAGAAAUUUAGGCGCGACCAAAACUUCUUUGCCAGAAAGGCCAAUGGGGCUUUGAGGAAAUACUCUCAGCAAAAAGGGGUGGACUAUAAACUUCAUACAAUUUGCGGCGUGAAUCCCAAGGUACCUGAAGGGCCAAGCAUUGGGACCGCUAUGCGGAAGUUCAAAUUUGAGUACUUCCAUAUCAACUUUUUGGCAACAGCCAAGGGACUAAAUUCUGCUCCACAACUAUUCUUCGCUCAAUGUAGCAAUAGUGUUAAAGAAAUGCGGAAUAGGGCAUCCUGGUGCACCCCCAUAUCGUAUUCUUGCAUAGAUAAUGUUCGAUGCUUCCCAUGUGAGUUUAGAGGGUCAAAGAUUGUGCAUCCAUAUGAUGAGACAUAUUGUGGGUUCUACAAGGAUUUUUUUUUUUUGGCUAAGGGAAAACACGACACUCCCAAUGGACUUGCUAUCAGUGCCUGCUAUUCUAAUUCUGAUAAAAUGUGCUCACUGACAGAGGAUUGGAUCUAUUUUGAUCCCAAUAUGGACUCCAAGUUUGCAGAGAUGAAUCCGAUUCCUAAUGUGGCUAGAAAGUUGAGGAGGUGGAAAGCUAGAAGAAUACUUUAAUAUGUUUCUUUUUUGUAU